AUGGAUCCGUUCGACAUAAGCCAACAGGGCGCAGCGACGGCACUGAAUGGAACAUCUUACAAUGAGUCAGGUUGUGAAGGUUUCAUCUACGACCCACACAUUGCCCCUGCUCUUUACUUUCUUUUAUUCCCCAUAGCUUUGCUGCUGAACAGCGUGGCAGCCUGGGUGUUUCUGCACCUCAAAUCUGGAUCCACCUUCAUUGUGUACCUGAAAAACCUAGUAGCUGCUGACAUCGUUAUGACGGUCCUCGUCCCGAUCAAAGCUGCAAGUGACCUGCCGGGCACAUCGCACAUGUUGUUUGUACUUUCAUGCCGUUAUUUCAGCACCAUGUUCUACAGUACACUGUACACAUGUAUUACUCUGUUGGGCUUGAUCAGUCUGGACCGUUUCUUCAAGAUCAUGAUGCCCCACAGCAAAGUGUUCAGUAAUCUGACCUUUAGCAAAGUGGUUUCAGGAUCAGUGUGGGUGAUCUUGUUUGGAGGCUCCGCUCUACCAAAUAUCAUUCUGAGUAACAAAUCGCUCGCCAACAUGACAAAGAUCAGCACUUGCAUGAAGCUGAAAGGCCCGGCCGGACUUGAAGCACAUGAAAGGACGGUGAUUUCCUUGAAUGUGUUUUUCUGGCUCGUCAGUGUGGUGAUUGCGGUUUGCUAUAUUUGCAUCACAAACAAAGUGAUCCAGUCUUUUAGAAACUCCGGCAGCAACAACAACCAGGGAAAGCAGAAGAUCAAACUGCGCGUCUUUCUGGUUCUCAUCGUGUUUUUUGUGUCGUUCGGACCGUACCACAUUAUCAGGAUCCCCUACACUUUUCAACAAGUCAACUACUCCUCCACCACCAGCUGCUCCUAUUUAUUAGGAAGGUUUGCAAAGGACCUCAGCCUCUGGUUUGCCACCACCAACAUCUGCAUGAAUCCACUUCUCUACAUGUUUCUGUGCAGGGAGUUUCAGGAAGCGCUGAAGUCCAUGAUGAAUAGCUUGUCCGUCUCGUUUUGUGGAGCCUCUGCAGAGAAAGCAGGAAGCUCUGUGCCAAAGACGAGACUCUGACAGAGCUGGUUGCCACGUUCAGCUCUGAAAUGUUCAUUAUUUUGUAGAUUCAAUGUCAGAUUAUAGUUUCAUUUAUAGAUGCUGUAUGAUCUGUCUAUCUAUAGAUUUCUGCUCUGUCUCUGCUGUCAUGUUAGAGUGGCACUUUAAAUAUUGUGAAAACCACUAACAGGAAAUACAAGAACGGUGGAGAUAAACAGUGUGCAGCCAGUGAGGAGAUGUGAGCGUGCUGUGUUUUUGUCAACAAACCAUGUUUUUUAUAUUACCAUAAAUUUAAAAAGCCAAUAGAGUUCUUCAGAAACAAAGAUAGUGACUGACGGAGUCAUGAAAAGCAGGCUGAAGUACGUCAAUAUUUGAUUUUCAUACUCGUGUUGUAUGAUUGUGGUUACAGAAAAAAAAAGUUGAUGCUUGUAUAAAGCUCUGCAGAUUAAAUCAUACGCCAAUAUCAUCACUUCCUGCAGUGCUUAUCACAUUUCACAUGAAAAGUGACUAACUGCACAGAGCAAAAGAUGUUUGAAAAUGAUCAGUUCUACUUCUCUAAUCUAAACGACAGCAAAUAAAGUGCGCAGGACGUUUUUGA